AUGCCGGCCUAUGCAUCGGCUGGCGGUGGUGCAGCGACCUUCGAAGACGACGACAAUUUUUCCAUCGGAAAGAUGCUGGGACUUGCGUUCGGCAUGCUCUUCAGUUUCCGGGGCCGUCUUGGCAGAAUGGAAUACUGGGUAAUCGGAUCCAUUCGGUUCGUCCUGUUCAUUGCCGUGUUGAUCGCGUUUGUCUUCGCAGUCGGGCCACACAUGAGUGGCCUGUCGGAAGAACAAGCGAAUAUUGCGCUGAUGAAAUAUGCAUUCGGCACGGCCAAGGGCGGGGUCAUGACUUUUCUGCUUCUGACCCUGACAUUGUGCCAGUGGUCGCUGGAAGCCCGGCGUUGCCACGAUCGGGACUCCUCUGCCCUUUAUCUGCUCAUCCUGUUCAUACCGAUCGUCGGCAGCUUGUAUGCCAUCUAUCUCUUUAUCGUGAAUGGCUUCUUUCCCGGCACUCCUGGCCCCAACCGAUUUGACACUGUUCGCAGCCAGGCACAGAUUUUCGACUAA